AGGCGUGACCGCCGUCCGCCUUUAUUGCUACGAAAGAGGCUGCGCGACCGCAGAGAACCGCAAAGCUCCGAGUGUUGUGAUUUAUAAUUAAAAAAAAGUGAUCAGUGACGUAAUUUAGGUGUUCGUUUGGAAAUGAAAAUGUGGCAGCAGUAUUUCCUUGUUUGUUUAGGCGCCACAUCAAUAGCAGCAGUUAAAAUACCAUUACAACCGUUAGAAAGUAAACAUACAAUCACAGAAAUAUUACCAAACGUCAAUGAACAAAUAGAGUCACUACCGAUUUACUAUGAAACAGAAGACAACAAUGGCGCUCAUAGCAUGGAAGCGAUUCGUGAUGUACCUACUCCUGCUACAUACUUACUACCACCGUCUCCUGACAAACAGAACGAAUACUUUGUGAAACCUACAGAACCGGGCGAACAAACCGAAUGGUAUCCAAUAGCAACACCGGCGAAGCAAGAAGAAAUAAUUCAUCAAGAACAUUCUGAUGAAGAAAAAACCAAUUUGAGAUCAGGGAAAUCUCUACACAGGGGUCAAGUUAUAACAGUGCCAUCAAGAAAUCUGUUACCACCACGAGAAAAUGCACAACAUGAUUUCAUAGUAAUGUCUCUCUCUCCAGAUCUGGAAUUGCCAUCAGAAGAAAUAGACCACACAUUGAAUCAACAUGUAAAUAUAGAACUGCCAGUUUUGAGACCGCCUUUAGAGAAACCAUACACUGCGAAUUUUAGAGUGAAUCCCUCGCUUGUACCAUUUAUCAUGCCACCAAAAAAUGUUCAAGCCUUCAAAAACCCGACAAGGUUGUACCCGAAAAAGUACGUCAACGAAUUUAAGCCCAUACCCAUACCAGUAGCGCAAUACAAAGAGGAAUCUGAAGACUUGCCUACCGUUAAACCUCAAUCUCAAGAUGCAAUUGUAUACCACAGCGAUUAUUUGACACCCUCCAAAGAGAAGAAGAAUUAUGUAUACGAAGAAACCCAGAAGAAGCACAAAAAUCGACAAGAAAUUGCAAAGCCCGAAGCUGCACAAGGUGAAGAAAUAAGACCUGCAGAGCAAGAUACUUCGGAAUCUAUCCACAGAUAUCCUGGAAAUCACGUACGUCCUACACAGUCGAGAAAAGAGUCGGUCAAGCAUAAACCAGUGAACAAGUCCAAAGGAGAGCGCACAGAGUUUCGGAUGCACGGAAUGAAAGGUCCUAACAGCUAUCAGUUCGGCUACGACACUGGAAAAGGUAAAAAUCGCCAGUUCCGGUACGAGGAACGAGACAAUGAUGGUCACGUGAGAGGACACUAUGGAUACGUAGACAAGUUCGGAAAGCUUCGCGUGGUCAACUACGACGCCGAUCCUGAACUUGGGUUCCGCGCUGAAGCGCCAGUUGUUAAGGACUGAAAUUACUAUUAAUUAAAUUAAUUUAUAUGUACUAUUAACUCAAGGGAAUAUGCAUUAUGCACGUAUUUUUUAUAUUUUUAAUCGAUUUCUGGCAUAACAAAAUAAUGGUAUUAGUAAAAUCCCGACACAAAACAUUAAUAGGUAUUUUCUUAAAAUAUCUGAAAAGGCAUUUAAAAUGCCGUCAUUUUGUGCGUGCUACUUCUACAUAAUUGAACUGAAAAUCAAAUUGAAAUAUAAAUAAAACUGUACAGUUAAAACUGGAGGUCUGUAGCCCGCAUUAGCGCAUACAAACAAAA